AAACUAAGUUCUCUGAUGAAGUUUUUUCAAUAGAUUCAACUGUUAAAGCAGAGGCUGCUGCUACAAACUCUAAUAUUGUUCAUGGUUCUAUGGCAACUGAGAUCUUACUAGUCAAAGAUAGACCUAAACAG